GAAGGUAAAAGGUCAGCCUGAGUAACGUGUCAGCAGGCUGUCACCGCACCGGUGUCACUCCACCCGCCGGCUGCCGCUGUAAGACACCGCAACCGACCUCAACCUUAUUCCAGAAACAUUUGCAACCCCCUCCAGAAAGAAAAAUGGCCAAGAAGCGGAGAGAAACGCGAGAGACGGACGGUUUGCUGUCGGCGCAGGAGGAGGUGAAGGCGAAUGCUAACGUCUCUCAGGCACUGAAAGAGGCUCAACAGAGUGUCGGGGGCUCAGCACGCAUGUCUCUGCUGAUUCUGGUGUCCAUCUUUGCCUGCUCUGCCUCAGUCAUGUACCUGGUCUACAGGAACUUCCCUGAGCUUCCCGAUGAUGAAAUGGAGAAGAUCAAAAUCCCUAAAGACAUGGACGACGCCAAAGCCUUGGGAACCGUGUUGUCCAAGUACAAAGACACCUACUACUCCCAGGUGUUGGUGGCCUACUUUGCAACAUACGUGUUCCUCCAGACGUUUGCAAUCCCUGGAUCGAUCUUCCUUAGCAUCCUGUCUGGAUAUCUUUACCCUUUCCCCCUGGCUCUUUUCUUAGUCUGCUUGUGCUCUGGCCUGGGUGCUUCCUUCUGCUAUAUGCUGUCAUAUCUGGUGGGCAGACCCAUGGUCUACAAAUAUCUCACAGAGAGAGCACAGAAAUGGUCCCAGCAGGUCGACAAACACAGAGACCAUUUAAUCAAUUACAUCAUCUUCCUGAGGAUAACCCCCUUUCUUCCCAACUGGUUCAUCAACAUCACCUCGCCUGUCAUUAACGUGCCUUUGGGGGUUUUCUUCAUUGGCACCUUUCUCGGAGUGGCGCCGCCGUCCUUCGUAGCGAUCAACGCAGGCACGACGCUGUACAAACUGACCACGGCUGGCGAGGCCGUGUCCUGGAACUCCCUGGCCGUGCUGGGCGUGCUCGCCGUGCUCUCGAUCUUGCCCGUCUGCUUCCAGAAAAAGCUGCAGCAGAAACUGGAGUAGAACAUUAAACACCUCAGCACCUCAUCCGCUGGCCGAUCCCGACAUCCCCUUCCCUCGGCUCAGGAACGCACAGCUGUCACUCAGGCUGCUCCGCCUCGGCCUCGUACGCAGCUGCUGCUGCUGCUGGGCUGUCGGUGGAGGAAUCUCUGGGCCCCGGCACAGCAAACACUCAUCGACCACAAAAUGCAUGCAGUGGUGGGUUGUUCCUGGUGUUAAUACAAGUGUAAACUGGCCGCUGCUUGCACAGGUCUUUUCUUUUUUUGGUUUCUGUGACUCGUGUUGUUAAUUGUGGCACAUCUUGUAAAUAAGAGGAAUUUUUUGUUGUUGUUUUUAUUUAAGGCACUGCUCAUUAUUAUGUGAUUUCUUGACAGAUGGUUAAAGGUGCUACUUGUAGGAUCUUUCUUCAUCGUGCGGUUGUUCCGACUUUAAUAGCCAACUUUUCUUUGGGAAUAUACUGUUUUCUUUCUAGGAACUGAAAUCAUCAGUACCUGGUCAAGGGGAACUAUAAACAUUCUUCUUUUUCAUUACUGGAACAACAGUUACAUUUGCUUUCAUAUCACGUACUCAUCCUGUUGGUAGCACCUUUAACUCCCUUUUUAAUAUUUAUUUUUACAUGCUUCUGUCUAGUCUCGACUUACUGAACUGUACCACAACAGCAAUAACCGUCACACUACUGUUGAGAGAGGACUUUAGUUUUUAAAAGUACAUUUUGAUACCUGGUGCUCGCCUUGGCACUCAUAUGCAGUGUGAGGGGAAAAUGUGUCGAAGACAAACGUCACGAGUGAGAUCAGUGAGUUCAGCCGUUGUUGGCGUGUGGAUGAGUUCCCACGUUCUUCCUCAAAAGGUGCCUGGAUCCACUGCCGCACAAUAAGCCCUUUUUCCUUUUCACCAGUCUCUGUCCGUGUAUGUCCGUAGCCUGAAGCAGCACUUUGCUACUGCGACUUGUAAAUAACAGACUAAGCUGAUGUAAUGUUUCGUCAAAGGAGGAUGUCAAAAUCUGGUCUUUUCAAAUUAACAAACAAAUAUAGAUCGUGUAAAUUUGCUGGUUUGAAUGAUGUAAGAUGCCCGCAAACCAGAUCAUUGGGCGAAAUGCGAGACGUUCAUCUUGUGAGAUGGGUUCUCAAGUUUGGGAUGAAGCGACGAUAACGCACUUCUAUGUAUGUGAUUAUGUAUGUUCACGUCUGCCCCGUGAUGUUUGAUGUACCAGUACAGAACCGGGGCUGUUGUCUGCAGAUGACACCCCGGUGCCCCUGAUGAGACUGCCAACAGACUGUGAGGUAUCCAAGCCUGGCCUUGCUUUUAUUACUUCCGUGCUCUUCCGGGGGGGAAACGUAUUAUGAUGCCUGAUUUUUAUGUUGCAAGUUUGUGUUCUUUAAAUGGUUUGCUAAUUGUGUCCAGUGAUAUGAAAGCUUACUGAUUUGUUUUUUUGUCAUUUGGAUGUGUUGCCUGUGUACUUUGGCGACUUAAUGCUGCUGCUGCUGCUUACAAACCUUCUGGAUGGCUACCAGAGACACUGAUGCAGUGAAUGUAGAUGCAGGUAACAGAUCUUAAACAACACACCUAUCUAUAUAGUCUCUUAAAACUGCACACUUAGAGGUAGUUGUGCUUGUUGGGAUUUUUUCCUUCAUGUCUUAAUACACAACGGAUUUACUGUGUGAGAUUAUCAGCCUCUAAAACCCACGAUAGAAAUAACCACGUAAACAUCAAUUUAUAUAAAAGCAGGAAACAGCGCUACACCAGUCGGGCUGUUUUCAUGGUUCCUGCUGCAUUUGCUGCAUUCGUACAUCUACAAAACACCGUUGUCCUGGAAAAUUGACCUUAAGUAGGCGCUUAGGUAUCAUGGUGAAAUGUUAUAAUCCUAACAAUGUUAAUUUUUGUCCUCCUGUUAAAAUGGGAAUUAUGGUUUAACUUAAAUCUGCCAAGAAAUGAAAGCCAGUAGAUUUUAAUCGAUUUUCUAUUCGCUAAACCUUAUGCCUGUUCAAAAGUUCACACUCAAAUUGGAUGUGAUUUAGUCGUUUUUCUUCCUGUUAUCCAAUCAGAGAAGUGAGAUUGCGUGACCCUCUGCUAACAUUUCAAAAGGCAGUAUUAUUCUGUACUGAGCAGUGAUGUAUUGCAGUAUGAAGUGUUUACAGAUUUCUGUCCUACCUAAUCCAACUUGUUUUUUGUUUUUUAUAUUUAUUGAAUCAUUAAAGUUUUCUUUACAGAGUAUGAGUGAGUUCUGCGAAUGAUCUGUAAAGAGCACAUGUUUAAUUAUUGAUGAUAAAUAUAGAAUUCUUCACA